AUGAACUAUAAUAAAAUAACACUCUAUAUAAUAAUUUUUUAUUUUUCCUUAUCCUUUUUUCACACUUAUAUUGUUAUUAAAAAGUUUAAUAUAUAUUCUAAACAUCUCUUUUCUCAAGCCUGUAACAGAUACACACAUAAUAUAUUAAAAAAGAAAAAAAAAAAAUGUACAUAUAAUAUUAAUUAUUAUUCGUUUUUAUCACCUCGUGUAGAGGACUCUAAUAUUAAAACGGACAAAAAAGGCACCUUCUCAAUUUAUAUGAACAAUAAGAGUCAUCAAAUAGAUGAUCAAAUGAACGAACAUAUAAAUGAUCAAAUAGAUGAUCAAAUAAACGAACAUAUAAAUGAUCAAAUAGAUGAUCAUUUAAAUGAUGAUGCAUUCAAUACAACAAAUACAAAGCAUAUAAGAGAAAGCCAGGACCAUGAAAUAUCUACAGAUUGUAAUAAAAUGAUAGAGCCAAAAAAAAAAAAAAAAAAAUAUAUUAAAAAGAAUAAAAUAAGAAUAAAAGUAAUGAAGGAAAAUAAAUUGAAAAAAAAAAAAUUGACGAAAAAAAAAAAUUUAUUUAAUAUAAAUGAGCACAGUACGUCAGAUGAUAAUAGUAUUAUGAUGAACGAGGAAAAAGAAGAAGAAGAAAAAAAAGAAAACCAAAAUUAUGAUGAUAAUAUAGAACAACAAAAAGAAGAUGAUGAUGGUGAUAUAAAACAACAAAACCAAAAUUAUGAUGAUAAUAUAGAACAACAAAAACAAGAUGAUGAUUAUCAUAUAAAACAACAACCCCUUUAUUGUGAUGAUACAAAUGAAAGUAUUCAGAUUUCAUCUAAUAAGGAUCAUAAACAAAGUAUUAUAUCAAAUUCUCACCAAAUAAAUGAUAAUUAUUUUUAUGAUGAAAAAAAAAUAUCGACAAAUAUAUAUACACCUAAUAAUAUACAAAACGAAGAUACACAUGAAGAUAUUAAAAUGGAUGAUAUAAAUAUUGAAGAGAAUCAAAAGAAUAAAAAAAAGAAAGAUGUUGAAUUAAAAAUAAUCCGUAAUUUACCUUUAAUAUCAAUUAUUGGUAGACCUAAUGUUGGCAAGUCGACCAUUUUUAAUCGACUUACUAGAAAAUAUCAAGAAGGUAGUAUUGUUUUAGAUGUUAGUAGCACCCGAGAUAAAUUAUAUGGAGAGGUGGAGUGGGAAGGAUAUAAAUUUGAACUGGUAGAUACAGGUGGUUUAGUGUUUGAAGAAGAAAAGUUUUCAAAAGAAAUAAAAGAUCAAAUUCUUAUGGCUCUAAAAGAAUCAUCAGUUGUUAUUUUUGUUGUUGAUGGUAUACAUGGUGUGGAUCCUAGAGAUAUUGAAAUCUGCCGAUUUUUAAGAAAAUAUAUAAAUAUUAAACAAUCAAAAGGAGAAGAUAUCAAUAAAAAGGUAAACGUAAAUGUAAAUGUAAAUAUAAAGGAACACAAAAUUGUAGAUUCACAAACAUAUGAUAAUAAGAAUAUAAAACAGUUAGAUGAUAAAGAGGAAAAUUUACAAAGAUAUGAUAAAAUAAAUCAAUAUGAUAUACAAAAUAAUAUAAAAAAAAAAGAAACAUAUAAUAAUAUAUCUAACGAUAUAAAGGAGAAUAGUAAUAAUGAUUGUAAGAAGCUACCAAUAAAAGUUAUUUUAUGUGUAAAUAAAUGUGAAUCUUAUAAAGAUGGUUAUUAUAAAGCACAAGAAUUUUGGUCCCUUGGAUUUGGAGAUCCAUUUCCUUGUAGUGGAAUUCAUGGGAAUGGUCUCUCAGAAAUUUUAGAUGAAUGUAUUAAACAUAUAGAUAAAAUAAAAAUAAAUGAAUUAGAUGAUAAUAUAAAUGAAGAAAAUACUAUUAAUAUUAGUUUUAUAGGGAAACCAAAUACUGGUAAAUCAAGUAUAUUAAAUAAAAUAUUAAAUUGUAAUCGUUUUAUUGUUUCUCCUUUAGCUGGAACUACUGUAGAUUCUAUUGAUGUUCUAGUUAAAUUAAAAAAUAGUGAUCGUAUAUAUCGUCUUAUUGAUACAGCAGGAAUACAAAAAAGAAAAAAAAAUGUAUCUUUUAAUACUAAAACAAAAUAUGAAUAUCUUUUAUAUAAUAGAACAGAAAAAGCUAUAAAAAGAAGUGAUGUAUGUAUUCUUGUAAUCGAUUCUUUUAAUGGUAUUAGUACACAAGAUAUCAAUAUUGCUAGAAAAAUUCUACAAGAAAAUAAAAGUUGUAUUAUCUGUUGUAAUAAAUGGGAUCUAAUAUAUAAUAAAAAUGAUAUUUUUAAUGAUACCAAAAAUUAUGUUCUAAAUCUAUUAAAACCUAUAGAUUUUUCUAAUAUUCUUUUCAUGUCAGCUAAAACUUCUCAAAGAUUAUUAAACAUAUUUGAUCUUGCUGAACAAACAUAUCAAAAUUAUAUUAAACGUGUUAAUACAAAUACUCUAAAUGAAAUUAUUAAAGAAGCAUUAUUAUUAAGACCACCAAUUCCAAUUAAAAAUAAAUCCUUAAAUAUAUAUUAUGCUUUUCAGUCUCAUAUUAAACCACCUGGAUUUGUUUUCAUUUGUAACUCAGAAAAAUCAGCUUAUCUUAACUAUACUAAAUAUCUAGAAAAUAGAAUACGUGAAGCAUUCAAUAUUAAAGGUACACCCAUCAAAAUCUAUUACAAACAAAAAAAAUUAAGAAAAAUUAUCAACAAACAGAAAAAACCUGAUAAAUAUAAUCUAGACAUACAAGCCAUUCAAAAAAAUUUUCAAAUAAUGCAAUCUCAAGGAAAAAAAUAA